AUGCACAACAUCACCCUGCACCAUCAGCAACGAGGGGCAGGCAUCCUUGCCGUCCGCGUGUCAACGAUCGGAGCCGCCGACGAAAAAUAUUGGGCAACUGUCGAAGAGCACCUGAACGGUUCUUCUAAGCUUCAACUACAGGCGAACUUUGGGCCAGGCAGCGCGGGGGUGUUCAUUCCAUGGGCAACCGCCAUCAAUACACAACAUGCCGAUUCGGGAAAAUUGCAGAGAGAUGCCAAGCUUCACCUACCGUACUUCAAUCUGGCGGACGGAGCAAAGUCAACCGACGCGUCGCUCGUACUAAAGGUCAUAAUCCAGAACCAUUCCUCCGACCAGGGGCAUGCUUCAAGGAGCCCCGAGGAUGAUGAGCCUUCCCAUAGCUCUUCUUCCUCGGCCACCGACAACUGGGAGCACCAAAAUCGAGCCAACGUAGCGCAGCGGAAAGCACUGUCUCUGACGACUCUUGCGACUGGCACUCUCGACGUUCAGACGGGCCUGACGACUACUUUCAGCCGCUUGGCGGCAACAUCAAAAGAACAGUGCGUCGUUCCACUCACCAUCCUGGCGAAAGAGCGUUCGGCUGCUUUCCUUUACCGCGAACUUCCGGGCUCGAUCCCCGUCGCGGUGGAGCUCACCUUCUCCAAGACCGGGCUCGAUGACGCUGAUGCCGAUGAGCCGCAGCCAAUCGAACGAGCCUUGCCGGGUACAGGAAACGGUGCUACCGUGCCGACAGUCUUUGUCGUGGCGACGACCCUGUUCGACUGCUCUACGGCAAUGAAGGAUGCGGAACUUCGACUAUACGUUCGGUGCGGCGGUGCCCGGACAGCGUCAAAAAUCUCUUACAGGAGAACCGGUACCAUCGGUAAGGGACCUUUCAUAGCUGGUUCGCGACGUCAAACGUAA